AAAAGAAAAGAAAAACAGAAAACUAUAUUAUAAUACUAAUAAUACUUUUUUAUUAGUAGUGUAAAUUGGGAUUGCUGUAAUAAUAAUUAUGAAUUCUGUUUUUAAUGUGUAGUUUUCCUAGUUGAACUCGUGUUUUGUGUUCAAAAGUAUAUUGGAAAUUGAACAAAGUUUCAUCUGAAAGAUUACAAAUACUAGUAUUAGUUACUAUUACCAAUAGUAAUAGUGCUAGUACUACUACUACAAGUAGUAUUAGUACGAGUAGUUAUAGUAAUACCAAUAUUGUUAAGCAUCUCUAAGUAUGGCUGUUGCAGUAGCUGUUAUUGGAAAAGAGAAUUCACCUUUGUACGUCAGGACGGUCAAUCCAAGUAGUGAAUUGAAGUUUAUGUACACUAUUCAUGCAUCCUUAGAUGUUGUAGAAGAAAAAGUGAUUGUUGGAAAGAAGAGCAGUGGAGAGCUGAGAGAACUGUAUUUGGGACUUCUCUAUCCUACAGAAGACUACAAAGUGUAUGGAUAUGUCACGAACACAAGAAUUAAAUUUAUAAUCAUUGUUGAAUCAAGUUAUACAACACUUCGAGAUAAUGAUAUUAGACAAAUGUUUCGAAAACUUCACAAUGCCUACAGUGAUGUUGUUUGCAAUCCGUUUUAUGUACCAGGAGAUACCAUUUGUUCCAAGCAAUUUGAAAGCAGUGUUAAAGGAAUUCUCAUCCAGGAAUAAUUAUGACCGUCUGUGUGGAUAUAAUUUUUAACAUAUAUAUAUAGAUACACACACAUCAGUGGAAUAUGAUCAUUUAUGUUAAUAAAAUCUUGAUUUGAAUUAA